CCGAGAAUCCGAAAUAUUGUGAAGUUCGAGUCGCUGAAAUAUUGUAAAUAUUGUCCUCCCCAUCGCGAAGCCACAUGCAACAUCUCAAGGAUCAACUAGCUGAACUACAACUCUGUCUUGCAGCAUUGCCAACAGACAUUCCUAUUCCGAAGGAGUCAAAGUAUAAAUUCUCGAACUUCACCUUAGACGCCGAAUGGACUGCAGACAUUGGCGAGGCUGCUGCCGUCAAUUGAGAACUAGAAGUCAGGUUGGGCAGUCGAGUCAAUGGCCUUAAACUCGUUGAACAAGGCCCAGAGAUGGAGGCCAUAGUCCAUGUUUUUGAAACAUGGACGAAGAAAUUUCCGGGUGAUGUUAUCCUGGAGAAAUGGGUGAACGACACUCUCGAAGCUGUGCGAGGCCUCAUUCUUGCAGCUGGAAAAGCUUUGCCAGUCCUUGUCUCGGACUCGAGUUCUACGGAAAAAAAACCAGUCAAAGUCAAUCAUACUCAGAUACCCGAGAAACGAAAGCCCAAGGUUCAGAAGCUCGAUACCCAUAUCUUGUCAACCUUCGAUGACGACCGGUAUAUCAGUGCUGGUGAAGACGAGGACAGUCGAAAAGGUGGUGCCAAGAUGCACCCACUGCUUCGCAAGGUUUCGAAGCCUUGUCAUUUAUCAAGUGAUCCCACUGGGGAAAAACUUGUUCGGUGCAUUGCAUUUGCCAGCCAUGGCUGUAACAUCACAUGGUCAUGGCCAAGAGCUCGACAACGAAUCAUGAAGCAUGCUCCACCUACCAUGACCACUUCGAGCUUGACCGACGGACAUCAAGGCAGAUGUUCAGACUCGGAUGAUGAAGAUGGGGAUUGGCUUGAUAAUGGUGAUAUUGCGAACCAUGUGGGUUUAACUGGCGUGAAAAGCACUGAGUUCGACGUGGGUAAAGAUAUUAACAUAUCAUCCACAUACCUCCUCGAUAUUUUGUCGGACCACGCUCUACAGCCCACGGCUGCUUGCGGAGGUCUGUCGACACCAAAGGUGAUGGCUGCCACAACUUCAUCCUCGACACCGAUGGAUGACGACGAGUGGGAGGAAUGGUGA